UGUUACAUUAUGGGAUUAAAGGUUUGCGGAAUAUUUUUGUUGGGAUGCAUACCCGUUGCCCUAUUUAUCGCAGCCUUGGCCACCGAAAGAUGGGUGAUCAUCUCCAACCAUUUAGAAAAUGGGACUGUCGAACUAGUGGCAAGACUGUUUGAAAUUGAAAUAUGUGUUAUAUCGACAGUUGCGGGAGAAAAUUGCACUUCAUUUCGUGAAGAUCAAGUGCCGGGUUUCCCAAACGGAGUUAGUCUUAAAAAUUGGACUCUUGCUCGUUGCCUUCUACUUACAAGCAUCCUUUGUGGGAUAUGUGGGCCUUUUGUACUGUGCAGACAUCUAUGCGAGAACAAAAAGUGGCUCAUUCCAUAUUGCGCUGCUCUUUGGACAUUGGCAUGUCUUUGCAGUCUUAUUCACAUCGGACUUAUGUUAAGGAAUACAGUUGCAAAUGGAAAAGAAAUCGAACACUCUCAAGGAAAUGUAAAACAGACGCGACCAUUGUCGCUUCUUCUUGUAGGAUUUGGUACGUUGUUGAGUCUGGGGACAGCUAUUGUGAUUGGUUGUUGUUUCCCUAAACCAACCAAUCCGCAUAAAGUAACUUGGGAACCAAUUCACAACCAACCGGUUUAAGCAAUUACAUGAACCAUUUUGACCGCUGUUGUAUUGAUUCAUAUUUUCCAAAUUUUACCAAUCAAACUACAGCGACUACGUAAAACAACUUCGCAACCAACCGGUUUAAGCAGGGCUUCACGGGAUAAACCUCGAAACCACUAAUAAUUUGAUCGGUCUAAGCAUGGCGUCACGCACUAUUAUAUACCUAACAAUCACACUUUGUGUUAUCCAUAAGGUAUUCUGAAAACUUACACCAAAAUGUAUUGCAUAAACUGCCUUUCACAUAAACAUAAUUCAAUCAUUAGAACUCUAUCAAGACAUGAUCUAUAACGGAUUUUGUUUCGUUUAUUUGAAUUGACUGAAUAUACUUUUAUGUAAUUGAUUUUGUUGUAAAAUAACGUGUUUCUUUUAUGUACCGUUUUGUAUAUAAAAAUGCAUUGCCUUUUUUUCGAUUCCUGUAACGUGUUUGUUCUAUGUACCGUUUUGUAUAUGAAACUGCAUUGAAUAAUAAGAGUCGUUGAGAGACUGAUGUUUCCAUAACUUAGGUGCAAUACUAACAUCAAUAUUUUCAACGUCAGAGAAGCUACUUAUUUUACUGUAUAUAUAUUAAGUGUGUGGGUUAAUUGAACGUGUUUCUGUUUUAUUGUCGCAUUAUGUUGCUCUGAACGAUUUAUUCGACUGUGCAUGUAACACUUGUCAACAAAAAAAAACAAAAACAAUCUAAUAUUCAAAUUAACUAUUUUUCAUUUCAUGUAUCGAAUGUUUCUAUUGGAUUGAAUAUCAAUUUUUGUAAAUAUAUAUCUUCGAAACGCAAAAAGUAUGUUUAUUUGGAUGGAAAGUACACGAUGCCACAAUACAUGAAAGAAUGUUAGGGUUACCCAUAACACAAUAUAGUAAAUACAAAUAAAACACAUUUCUGAUGUAGGUUUAAAU